UGAAGUUUGUCUGCACGUGGAUUACACACUGCUAAUUACAGGUAAGAUAGGGUAACAGAUUACUGGGACCAGACGACAGGCGGAUGGCGCGCGACUGAGUCCGGGUGAUGGAGGCCAGGCCAGUGAUUGCUAAUUAAGACAUAUAUCAAGACUCCCCUGAAGACCUUGCAAGUGACAAGGAUGCUAUUGACCGGCCUUUUGAUGGUCUGUCUGUUUAUGACGUCACUAAGCACCGUCCAUUCAGAAUUCAGCCCCAAUGUAACUGUGACGUCAUGCAGCAGUACGUAUGUCGUCAUAAACACAAAGCACACCAGGGAAGGAGGAAUCAUAUAUAUACAGGGACGAGGAACGGAGUGUAAACACGUCACUUCCGCCCAGUCACGGGACUACACGUUCAACUUUGACCUCUGCAACAUAACGCUUGAUACCAUGUUUCGGGUGAUCGUACAGGAGAGAUCAGAUAUACAAACCGGAAGUGAUGAAGUUAUCCCGGUCAUGUGCAUUGUGGACAUGGGCGACAUUAUUGUCGGAAACAUCAUCAUGCCGCAGGGAGAAUUAAAUCCCGGAAUAAAUAAAACAACCAAGCCAAUUGCCCGGAUGAAGAUUCUAUCUAACCGUUCUAAUGACGUCAGCCAAGGGACAGUCAUUCUUAGUGACGAACUACGCAUGGAAGUUUCGCUAGACAAACAAUACAGAGAAGACUUUGAAAUCAGCGCCACUGACUGUUCCGCCUCCGAGAUCGACAUCAUCCACGACAGAUGUGCAGAAGAUGAUGGAGUGUUUCCGAACUUUCAUCGCAAUUAUGAAGGAAGCCUCGUUUCCAACUUCAAAGCAUUUAUUCCGACUAAUUACGUGGUUUCCGAUUCCGUGGACAUGUCCUUCACGUGCACACUUGUCGUGUGUCAGGGGAGCUGUGAGCCGACCGUGUGUAGAAAAGUGGUCGGAUGGGGGAAGAAGAAAAGGAGAAGAAGGUCUUCAAAUGAGAAAGACGUAGACAAAAUAACUUGUGGGACAACUAUACGAGUUAUCGCCCCUCAUACAAAACGGACAGAGAAAAAGCGGGAAGAAACCACAGAUGAGAGCGUCACUAUUAACAAGUACGUCAUCUACAUCAUGGCCGGACUAGGAUGCUUGACCCUAGUGACGUCAUGGUUUUUGAGCUGUUAUCUUUAUCAGCGACUCCUGGCGGCAAGAGGAGAUAAAAGCAACAUCAACGUUGCUCGUGCUGUUGGACGUAGACUGUCCGCCAUGUUGAAUAUUCCUUCUGGUUACGAGCUGAAUGACCAAAAGAUGAUGCAGUUUAUACCGGAAGAGGAAGGAACGCCACAGAGGCGUAAAUCAGUGACAGUGAUGCAUGUCGGGAAGUUAUACGGUUCCUCGGACUAACAAGGUUGUGCAGAUCUUUAAUAUUCCCCUAAUUAUAAAAAUCUCAGAUGCAGAACAACUCGACUUUUGUAUAAACCGUACUAUGAGGUUUGCAAUUACAAUAUAAAACAAUCAAUGAUUUUGAUAAAGUUAAGGUACUUGAAACGUGUAUUGAUAAAAACCAGUUGACGUUGAUAAGAACGAGUGGUUGAACUUUGAUUAUUUCCAGACACUGACAGAAAAAAAGAAAAACAAUCUCGUUCAUUACGCCCACCUCUGUACCUCCUUAAGAGAAAAUCAGAUAACUCGCGCCGUACUGUGUUUAAUACAGUGUGCCAUGCCUAUAAAGAACCAACGAAACUACAAAACGUAGAUUGUCGGAAGGGGAAAGAAAACCGGAAGUAAACAAAUAUACCUUAACCAUAGAUCCGAAUCCGGUGAGGUCUAACUCGGACGGCAGCCUGAUACAUGUUUUCUUUCAUCACAUCGCCUGGUUUAUGUUUUUAAGCAUGUAUUUAUAUAUAUUCGGGAAUGUCAAUUAUAGAAAAUUAAUUUGUUGUAAUCCGUUGUUUUCAAUGAUCAAUGCAAUCAUCAUUCAAAAUUAAGGUACUACAUUAUUUGACUUUGUGGAAUAAUUUUGUCAGAAAUUCUUUCAAUAAUGAUACUCUUACAUUGUAUUCCUGUAUUUAUCCUGAAUCAUACAUUACACCUUUUACGGAUUCCAUUUUCUUUGUGAAAUUUUAAUAAUUUUUGUCUUAAAUAUUAUCCAACAAAUUUGUGAAUCCACGUCUUAACUGUAUAACUGAAUAUUUCCGAGGAUAUUUAACUGUUUAGCUAAUGAGAGAAUUAACCAGUUAAAUGAACGUUCCACUACCUAACACAAGUUUUACCAUGUCAAUUUAGUUUGUGGAAUGUUAUCUAGCACACAGCAUGCGAUUGACGUUGUACUUUGGAGAGAUUACAUAUCAGUUCAUUUGUGCAAAUAAUCUUGAUCAAAAUAAAAUAAAAAAUCUGACAGCAAAGUUCA